AUGGAGAAUUUUCACAAACAGGUGGUGCUCAUUACAGGAUGCUCCUCCGGCGGCAUCGGAAACGCCCUGGCCUGCGCUUUCGCCGCCAGGAACUGUCUCGUUGUUGCGACGGCGCGUUCGCUUUCUUCCAUGCCGGAUUUGAACGAUAAGAGUGAUAUGUUCUUUCUUCAGGAACUUGAUGUCUUAAGGGAUGAGAGUGUUGUAGAGGUUGUCUCGAAUGUAAUCGAUAAGUUUGGGAGGAUCGAUGUUCUUGUCAAUAAUGCUGGAGUUCAGUGUAUUGGUCCUCUUGCAGAAAUCCCUCUUUCUUCCGCUCAACAUACGUUCAACACCAAUGUUUUCGGUACUUUGAGGUUGAUUCAAGAAGUUGUUCCUCACAUGGCAUCUAGAAAGAAGGGAAAGAUUGUGAACAUUGGAAGUGUAUCUGCUAUGACCCCUGGCCCAUGGUCAGGAGUCUACAAUGCAUCUAAAGCUGCUAUACAUUCGCUAACUGAUACAUUACGGUUGGAAUUGAAGCCAUUAGGGAUCAAUGUAACUAAUGUUGUCCCUGGAGCCAUAAGAUCAAACCUUGGGGAUUCAGCAAUAUCCAAUUACAGUAAGAUGCCGGAAUUGAAACUGUACAAGAAAUACGAGGUCGCAAUCAAGAAACGAGCUUAUUUUUCACAAGGACCAAAUGCGACUCCAUCUCAAGAAUUUGCAGAAAAGACAGUAGAUGCAAUCCUCAAACAAGACCCUCCUUCUUGGUUCUCUUAUGGUCAAUAUUCCACUAUAUCUGCCAUUAUAUACCAUUUGCCUAUUUUUCUUAAAGAUUUCCUUUUAAAGAAGGCUAUGAAUUGUUAGUAACUUUUUAUAAGAUGAUGAGGGUAUAAAGUAUAAACUAUAAGAAAUUGUCAUAAAAAAUGUGCAUUAAUCUAAUGUGGAGAUUAUUUUGUGUUUUCUUUUCAUAUAGCAUGUUUGAGUUGUGGUUUAAUGUUUUUCUAGAAUUCGUAUUUACAUUAUCGAUGAUAUAGAUAUAGAUAAGGAUAUGUAGUUGGUCGUCAUUUUGAGUUGUAUAAAUGCGAGGCUCUAUUUUGCAACUUGCAUAGCUGCAUGUAGAGUAGAAGACUAUGCAUUAAUGCGAGGCUCGUUAUAUUAAUAUUAUAG